AUCUUCUUUGUUUAUGCUUUUAAGGUUGUUGUACUCCCGCGUAGUUAUCAGGUUCUUUUCAUGAACUUUGUUGAGCAUUAGCCUGUGGUCUCCACAUAAAGUCGCCUGAAUGGCUGUCUUAUUACGUCUCACCGUGUCUUUGGCUGGCAUGCUGAAUCUGACAAAGAGAACUAGAGACAGAAAGAAGAGAAAUGUGUCAUUGUCUUCAGUCCAACACCGACAGUCAGCGACUGAGUGGACGGACAGCAGGAGAUUGGCUAUGAAGCUGUUUCCUGUCCAUUCAAUACUUUGGUCCAGUUUGCUGGUUUUGUGUGCCUCACAAAAUGAGACAGAGGCCAUCAAUCCAGAUGUCUGUCCUGAUGACCAUGGCAAUAUCUAUCCACACAUUUCUUCAGACCCAGGACAUGACGUAGAGGAGGAUACGGUGGAUGCAAAAAACUUUCACUGCCUCUUUUACCCAACAAAUAUACUCAACUGCUCCUGGUCAUUUCCCACUUUGCAAAAGGAUACUCAGAUCUUUGUCAAUAUCAGUGUGUGUGAUGAUCGUGGAGCAGGUCCCGCUCUGAACCUUUCGUCUGAGGAGAGAGUCGGAUCGAUGUCUUCAUUUCUGCACGCGUACGAUGGGUUGUAUGUAAUCCUCCAUUUUAACCUAACCCUGCACGACAAGUGGACAGUCUACAUCAGCCCUUUCGACAUCAACAAGCUAGAGGUCCUGUCUCCACCCCCAAACAUCUCUGCAUCAGUCAAAGAUGAAGGACUGGUAGUGACAUGGGGUCUACCCCACAGUCGUGUAAACCCUCACUCCCAUUGCUUUGAAUACCAGCUAGACAUGGGCGACCAGGAAAGAUUCAAAACCUUAACCAACAAGCUGUUAUAUAUAGAACCCAGUCCAGAUCCUAACAGAACCUACAAUGUGAGGAUGAGAACGAGAAUGAGUGCCAUGUGCCAACAAUCUGCUCAGUGGAGUGACUGGAGUCACACCGUCACGGUGAAACGGUCAUUUUACAAACUCAACACUCUGGUCAUCAUCUCAAUUUCACUUGGAAUACCCAUGAUCCUCCUGGCUGCGCUGCUGCUGGUGCGCCAUCAGAGGGUAUCUAAGGUUUUGUUUCCUCAGAUUCCUUGCCCCCCGCCAAAGUACAAAUAUUUCCUGGAAAAAAAUGACACAUUUAAUCUCUUCCACCCUGCCCCAUCAGCUGAGCCUGUAGAGGAGAUCACAGAGGUGGAGGACACAGAACUAAAGCCUCGAUAGAUAUAAUAAAAGCAAUAUGUGAAGGACACAUUCAUAUUACAUUAAGUUAUGGUUUUAUUUUGCUAAUGUCUUUUAUAGCCUUAGCCAGCAAAGCAAGUUUGUUCAAGUUAUAUGUGACUCUUGUGACAUGUAAAAGUAUACCAAUAUGACUGCAAAACAUGCUAAGGAUCUCAAAUUUAGGGAGCUUUUGCUCUGCUUGUUCAUGGACUUCUUAUUACUGAAACAAAGGGAAUGUGUCAGUUGAUGAGUUUUGAUGAAAUACGUUUGCUCUGCCUGAACUAGCUGAUGAGCUAGUUCUGAAAUGUAAACCUUUUUGCUGUGAAAUAAAGAUUAGUGAUGCACUAAUA